GAGAAGUGUGCGGCUCAGUGAACCAGCUCCAUCCAGCCUGGGAGCACUGCAGGAAGAAUGCUCCUGGCUGCUGUGUGCUGCCUGCUGUGGCAUGCCCAGAUCUCCGCCGGCCACUUCCCUCGAGCCUGCGUCUCCCCCAAGAACCUGAUGGGGAAGGAGUGCUGCCCGCUGUGGAGGGGCGACGGGAGUCCCUGCGGCCAGCGCUCGGGCCGGGGCUCCUGCCAGGACAUCGUUCUGUCCAAUGCGCCCCUGGGGCCUCAGUUCCCCUUCUCCGGGGUGGACGACCGGGAGUCUUGGCCCUCUGUCUUCUACAACAGGAGCUGCCGGUGUUUCGGCAACUUCAUGGGGUUCGACUGUGGAAACUGCAAGUUUGGCUUUGGGGGACCAAACUGCACAGAGGAGCGGCUCUUGGUCAGAAGAAACAUCUUCGAUCUGAGCGUACCAGAGAGGAACAAAUUUCUCGCGUACCUCACCUUAGCAAAGCAUACUACCAGCCCAGACUACGUCAUCCCCACAGGCACCUCCAGCCAAAUGAAUAACGGAUCGACACCCAUGUUUAAAGACAUCAACAUUUAUGACCUCUUUGUGUGGACUCAUUACUAUGUGUCCAGGGACACACUGCUUGGGGGGUCUGGGAUCUGGAGGAACAUUGAUUUUGCUCACGAAGCACCAGGUUUCCUGCCUUGGCAUAGACUCUUCUUGCUGCUGUGGGAACAAGAAAUCCAGAAGCUGACAGAGGAUGAGAACUUCACUAUUCCAUACUGGGACUGGCGAGAUGCUGAAAACUGUGACAUUUGCACAGAUGAGUACCUGGGAGGGCGCCACCCAGCCCACCCUGACCUACUCAGCCCGGCAUCCUUCUUCUCCUCUUGGCAGAUCAUCUGUACCCGACUGGACGAGUACAACAGUCAUCAGGCUUUGUGCAGCGGGGCUCCCGAGGGGCCAUUACUGCGCAAUCCCGGAGGCCACGACACAGCCAGGACCCCGAGGCUCCCCACCUCAGCUGACGUGGAAUUUUGCCUGAGUUUGACCCAGUAUGAAUCGGGUUCCAUGGAUAAAACUGCUAAUUUCAGCUUUAGAAAUACACUGGAAGGAUUUGCUAGUCCACUUACUGGAAUAGCAGAUGCCUCUCAAAGCAGUAUGCACAAUGCCCUGCACAUCUAUAUGAAUGGAACGAUGUCUCAGGUACAGGGAUCUGCCAACGAUCCCAUUUUUCUUCUUCACCAUGUAUUUGUUGACAGUAUUUUUGAACAGUGGCUUCGAAGGCACCAUCCUCUUCAAGAAGUUUACCCAGAGGCCAACGCACCCAUUGGACAUAACCGGGACUCCUACAUGGUUCCUUUUAUACCUCUCUAUAGAAAUGGCGAUUUCUUUAUUUCAUCCAGAGACCUGGGCUAUGACUAUAGCUACCUCCAAGAUUCAGAACCGGACUUCUUCCAAGACUACAUUAAGCCCUACUUAGAACAAGCAAGCCGCCUCUGGCCAUGGCUCACUGGGGCUGCUGUGGUAGGCGCUGUCCUCACUGCCGUGCUGGGAGGCCUCAGGAGCCUGUUAUGCCGUUGCAAGAGAAAGCAGCUCCCUGAAGAAGAGCAGCCACUGCUCAUGGAAAAGGGGGAUCACCACAACUUGUUGUAUCAGAGCCAUGUAUAAAAGGCUUAGGCAAUAGCGAAGGGCCAAAAAGCUGAUCUCACUCUAACUCAAAUGACGUCUCAGUCCACAGGGGAUGUCCCAGCAGAAACCCCUAGUAUUUGUUUGUGAAGACCAUUAUCAGAAUUGUAACCUAAUACAACGCAUGCCCUUCCAACUCAGGUAGGACACAGCUGUGCUUGCCUUACUGUUUUUGGCCCAUCCCUUUGACACCUUUUCUCAAGCACACAGUUCCAAAGAAAGGACGCCAUUUUGGAAUAAGUAACUGUGAUUUGUAUCAGAAUGAAGGUGCUCUUACAAAAUGUGGGAAUAAUUUUGAUCUUUUCCUCCCGAGUGUUUAACGGCACAUUCUUUUUUAUUGUUCCCUUUUUUGAUCUUAAUAAACAAA